AUGGCACUAUCGGAAGCGUCAAUUACAGAAACAAGCUCAUUCCAACGGAAGAAUCCCUGGAGCAUAAACCAGACUGUCAAGCACACUGCUGGCCAGUUUUCGUUCAAUACGCGGCCUCUGGCCAUUACAGAAGCGGCCAUCUUAACACUACUUCUAUUAUUAAAGCGCCUAGUGUCAGAUAUCUCGCAAACCUGGGGAACCAGACCGAACAGCGAUGUGGGUCUGCUUGAGAUUCUUGCACAGAAUGCAUAUAAGAGUGAUACCAUCUCUACUGCAUAUUGGAUGUUCGUAAGGUUGGAAUUGGGGAUUGCCCUGGCUAAUGAUAUGGCAAUGAGGAUUUCGCUUCCAUCGCUUCCAUCUCAUCCGGCUCAUUAUCUUCCACUGCUGGCGUGCACCGAGGACGUUUCUGAAAGGGUCUCCCGUUUCACGCAUGUUGCGCUGUGGCUAUGUGCGAAAGCAUUGGCUCUGUGUCAUCAGCGAGAAAUGGGCCAUGAUCGCUCAUCAGUCGAAGAUUGGAUCCUCAUUUUUAGAGCACUCAGCGAAUGGUAUGAAUUGCGCCCACCCGACUUUCAACCGAUGGUGGAGAUUGGAUUUGAGCAUCCGUCGGACUCCAAUUCUGAAUUCCCUCUGUUACUGUUCGCAAAUGGCGCUGGAACGUUUAACAAUCAGCUCUACCAUACUGCCUUAGUGUUGCUUCUCCAAUGCAAGCCACGUACAGCAAAACUCCAGCAAUAUCAGUCUACGCUCUUGUCUCCAUUAUGGCAUGCAAAGCGUAUCUGCGGGAUCGCGCUUAACAAUGACAGUCGGGAAAGUUGGGAUCCGUGCUUGCUUGCGUCGCUCCUGAUAGCGUCAAAGCAUAUGACUCAUGAGAGUCAGCAGCAAGCGAUUAUACGUGGUUUCCAACGCAUCACUAAGAUCACUGGAUGGGACAUCGGGCAAUACCUGGUCGACUUGCGCGAUUACUGGUCCACCCUCGAAGAUGCCUGA